AAGUGGUGUAUGCAAAUUUUGAAUUUCACUUCAUUAAUUGUCAGUUAGUGACACUUUUCAAAACAAUUAAAAUUUAAUUUUCAAAGAAAAUUAAACUCAAAAUUGUAUCAGUGAAUAUUUUAAAUUAUUUUGAAACAUGUCUUAUCAAAUAAAAUCAACACCGUAUUUUCAAAGAAUUAUCUCGGCAAGUAAGAAGAAUGGCCAAUUGCAACAAUUGAAGGAAGAAUAUGAACGUAUUAAGGAUUUCGAUGAAAAGGCCAUUGAGAAGAAAAUGCGUCAGGUUCGUCUUAAAAGAUUAUUCAAAGAAAUUGAAGAUCUGAAACAGGCAAAUCGCAGUAGAAGGAAGCGCUCAGUUGUUACGGAUGAAGCAACAACAAUGAUUCCCAAUGAUCCACGUGUGGAAAACGUAAUAAAGGGCCGGAAAUUGGGUGAAUACUAUUCACAACUUAAUGGUUAUGAUGAGGUGCCAACCACAAGCAAAAUGCCAGCUAUAGAGCCAUCCGUGGCUCUGAGAAUCGGUUUACUGUCGAAGAAACAAAUACAAGAACGUUCACGUCAAAGAGAAGAAAAAAUGAAAGCCAAGGUUAACGAUCGCAUCAACUAUGGCAAUCGAAUAUCCAAUUGGAAUAUGCAUAAAAUGUUGCAGCGAAAAUUGCAUCACGAAGUUUCGGAAGGCAUAAAGCAAACAUUCUGUGCUGUGGUUAAGGGAAAUAAAUCAUUUAGUCGUCAAGAUUCCAAUAUGGCCAGUGAAACUUCUUCUGUGGAUGGCAAAGAACGUUUGAAAACUCGCAUCGAUUUUGGCAACUAUUUAUCUCAAAAAAAUCGGUUAGUGGUAAUGAAAAGAAAUUGGAAAAAAUCUCGAGAACCUAAGGAAAGUAGUAAACAAGACAACACUCAUAGUUCCAGUUUAAUUGUAAUUGAUUCAUCUAAACAUUCGCAUGGGGUGGGAGAGGAACUUUCAUAUAAAAGUGCCACUGGAAUAUCGGAUGCAGUUAAUUGGGAGAGGCGAAAAAAGGCCCAGGAAAAUUGGCAUAAAUUGACGUUCCUAAUACUUUGUCGAAAAGCUCUAAUUGGAAAUUGUACGGAGGGAUUGGCCUUUAAACUUCGUUGCAUAUCUAAUGAUACCAACAUUAGGCAAAACGAUUUUGUAUUGCAAAGAAAUUCAUCGUUGGAAACAUGUGACACUGAGGAAGAAUGUCGGGAAAUUCUAAGGAAUAAACAAAAUCUCUUUCAUAGAGAAUCUAUCAACAUUGCCAACAAAAUACAAAAUAAAUUGUCAUUGCCAUCUGUGCCCAUAUUAAAUACCAACAAGCCACACCAUCUCAGUUUGAAGCCCAUUCCUAAUGCGCCCACUUCAAAUUUGUCAAGAGAUCAACAAAUCCAAAGUUUAAUAGAAAAUUAUGCUCCCAUUUCCAUGGAAGUGGUUAAAAAGGAAGUAAUCGAAGGUGUGCAAAAAUUACGUGAAAUUUUCGAACAUCAAAGAUCCUAGAACGAGAGAAAAUUAAAUCACUAAUUUUAAAUCUCUUUUAGAUAAUUUUGAGAUUUUUCUGGAAUGUUUUGAGAUUGUUCAUAAAUAAAGUUUGAAGAAUUUGCCAAUAGAAAUUUAAGCACA